AUGCUAGAACGUCAAUUACAUGAUCGGUUUGCAACGGGUCUCAACCAUCCCCGACUUGAAGUGGAAUUGAAACAAAGGUGGCCAGAGCUAAAAACAUUCGAUGAUAUUGAAGGCAUAGCAAACGAAGUGUCGUUCGCGGCAGUUUUCAAAGUAGCGCUAUCAAGAGAGUUGGCGGAAAAAGACAUUGUAGAAAGUGAAUGCGCGGAAGUGAAAAAGAUAGUAAAACGUCGUUCGAAAAUCGGUAAGCGGAUCCGAAUUUUGUCGGAAGAACAAUGUUUAAGAUGUGGUGCGCGUGAAAGACAUUCAAAAGACAACUGCAAGGCGGCGAAUCACAAUUGUGAAGCGUGUGGCAAACGUGGACAUUACGGGUCGUGCUGUAUAAGAAAAGGCAGAGCUAAAUUGAUCGCGAGAGACAAAAAGAAACAACAGCGUAUUUACAACGUAAAAAAUAGUGAUACAUAUAUUUCGAGUUGUGAGCAAGUUUUUAAAGUAAUGAGUGCCAUUGCUAAGAAAAGAAACAUUGACGUUAAGAUAAACGGUGUCACGUGUACGAUGGACUGGGAUCCGGGCGCGUCAGUUUCCAUUAUAAGUACAGAUUUUUGGAAACAGAUCGGAUCACCAACGCUUAAAGGGAAGACAAAACUACGGGCUUAUGGCAAUUUCGAUUUACCUUGCCAAGGCGAAGCUACAGUGACAGUGACGCUGAACAAGCGAACGCGAUCUUUGAAAGUAGUCGUGGUGGACAACGCGAAUCCAAUGUUAUUUGGCUUAGAGUGGAAUGAAGCCUUCAAUUUGCCACUGCCCGAACCAGUGUACAACGUAGAUCGUGUCAACAACCACGUGCAGCCGACAACGAAACCACUGCAUCAGAAGUUAAAUGACAUAUUGGAAGAGAACAAGCAGCUAUUCGAAGAAGGACUGGGAAAAAUAAAUAACUACCAAGUUAAAAUUCACGUAAAGGAAACAGCAACACCAAUACAUAUUCCAGCCAGGCCAGUCCGAUUCGGAAUUCAAAAAAGCGUGGAAUUCGAACUUGAAAGGUUACAGCAGCUUGGAAUUAUCUCACCUGUUGACCCCAACGAAACACCGAUCGAAUGGGCAACACCCACUGUCAACGUGGUUAAACGAAACGGAAAUAUACGUAUUUGUGGUGAUUUUCGUGUUACACUGAAUCCAGCACUAGUAACAAUACGACAUCCAGUACCAACAUUCGGAAACAUCUGUCAGCAGCUUGCCAAGGGUGAGAAGUACACGAAAUUAGAUCUACGCGAUGCCUAUCUACAAUUCGAGAUUAGUCCAGAGUCAAGAAAAUACCUAAUCAUAUCCACACACAAAGGUUAUUUUCAGUAUAACCGUAUGACUCCUGGUAUAUCGAGUGCACCCGGAACAUUUCAAAAUUAUAUGGAAAAUCUACUUGCUGGCAUACCCAACGUUGCAAUCUAUUUCGACGACAUAGGCAUUACAGGUCCAGAUGAAGAUAGCCAUCUAAGAUCAUUAAGAGAAGUUUUUAAACGUCUGCGUGAAGCUGGUUUUCGUAUCGAAAAGAACAAAUGUAGCUUUUUUCAAGACAGUAUCGACUAUUUGGGCCAUCAAUUCAACCGAAAAGGGAUCUAUCCAGUGGAAGACAAGCUGAUAGCAAUCAAAAAUGCUGCAAUACCCACUAACAAGAAGGAGUUACGAUCUCUUCUGGGAUUGGUCAAUUUUUACGAGAAAUUCAUACCCAACUUACAUGGAGCAUGUUCCGAACUACACGCAUUAGCUGGUACAAAGUCGCAAUGGCGAUGGUCAAUAAAGGAACAGAAACAAUUUGAUAAUGUUAGACAUAUGAUAGCCCGUCAGCUAACUCCUUACGAUCACACAAAACCGCUUUAUUUGGCAACAGACGCAUCCGAUGUAGGCCUUGGUGCUGUUUUAUAUCAUCAGGACGAGGCUAACAACGAGUUACCUAUCGCCUACGCGUCACGAAAAUUGAACGAAGCAGAACAAAAAUACGCUACCAUUGACAAGGAGGCAUUAGCAAUAUUUUUCGCCGUGAAGAAAUUUGAUCCAUAUUUACGUGGGACAAAGUUUACAUUAAUUACGGAUCACAAGCCGCUUCAAUACCUGUUGGGAGACAAACGAAAUUUGCAAAAAAUCGUAAACAACCGUCUGACGAGAUGGGCACUAAUGUUAGGUGCAUACAAUUACGAUAUACAGUAUCGUCAAGGCAAAUACAAUAUUCUAGCUGAUUGCUUAUCACGCUUACCAAACGCACAUGAAGCAAUUUCGGAGGAAGCGCAGAAGAUUUAUAAAAUUUAUGCGGUAAUUCAAACACGGAAGCUUGAUGAUAUUGUACUAACAGAACAGGAACUUAGGAAGCAAACGAAACAUAACCUAAUAUUACGACGAGUAAUUGAGUUAAUUGAGCGUCACUGGCCAGACACGAAGUGUAUCAACAACGAGCUGAAACCAUACUACGACAAACGGGAGGAACUAUCAUACGAAAACGGUAUUUUGAUGUGGCAAAGACGAAUUAUCGUGCCCGAUAAUCUUCAAGAAGUAACAUUGAGGCAUCUUCAUAGAGGGCAUCCAGGCAUUGGCUCUAUGCGUGCGUUAACGAGGUACUAUGUAUGGUGGCCGAACAUCGACAAGGACGUGGAACAUACAGUGAAAUCAUGCAUGGCAUGUCAACGGCAACGCCCAAAACAAUCUGAACUGCCAAUCUACUUUUGGUCCCUGCCAGAGCAUUGUAGGACUUUGCAGGUCCCUUCGAAGGAAAAAUGUGGAUUGUGCUUGUUGAUGCUUUAUCAAAAGGAGAAGUUUAUAACAUUUGGUUAUCCGGAAAUUAUCGUGUCGGAUAAUGGUAGUCAAUUUACGUCAGAAGAGUUUCGAAAUUAUUGUCAAAGUCAUGGAAUAAAACAUGUAACGUCUUCACCGUACCAUCCGAAAACCAACGGACUAGCCGAACGAUUCGUACGAACAUUCAAGGAGCGCAUGAAAGCCAGUGAAUAUGAUGGUUUAUCACAACGUCAGCGCUUGCGCACAUUUCUAUUUACAUAUCGAAACACACCAUACUCCUUUACAGGGAAGGCACCAUCUGAAUUUUUGCUAGGUCGACGCCUGCGAACUUUAUUUGACAAUCUGAAGCCUAAUGUACGGCGAGAGAUGCAUUUUAAACAUGUAAAGCAAAAUCUUCAAGCAGAGCAGUCUAACAGAGAGUUCCAACCAGCACAACCAGUAUUCGUAAAGACAGACAUCGAGAAAAUGUGGGAACCAGCCAACAUAGUCGAAAGAACAAAUCGAUAUUCCUACCGUGUUCGAACAAAGGACGGUGUAGAAAGAAGACGACAUGCAGAUCAUAUCCGAGAACGGAGGGUAAUACCACCAUCAAUCGACUUCCGGGAUGUUUCAGAUUUUAAGCGAAACAGUUUCCAUUACCAGUCUGCAAGCCCGACAGUCUAUGCAGCCCGCUAUACCGUCGUAUGA